CACAAGUGGUUUCCGCUUGGGCACGGUGUCAGAGUCGCGUUCGCGCGCCGGGAAGGUGGGCCCUCGACUAGUUUCCUCUGUGACCUUAUGCGCAUCUUCCCAUUCGCGGUUCAUCUACUAGCAGGCACCGUUGGGUCAGCUCGAUCUCGGACGCAUGUGAUGAAAAUCACCUUGUCGAGGAUGGCCUCCAGAUCUUCAUCCUCUGGAGGUGCAUCGGUCGUCUUUUUGCUCUUCUUCUUUUCUUUCUUAGAAGUCUGGCUUCUGCUUUCUCUUUGCUUUUUCCCGCCUUCGCAGCUGCUUUACUUGUAUUCUUCUUCUCGUUGCCCAUUAAUGGAUCGAUGUUGAUCAGAUACUGGUCAAUGACAAGUUCAGCAGUUGCACAGCCACUUCUUAAUGUAAUCAAAG